CUAAGAGGGUUAGAGAGUCCUGAGGUCUCCGCCUGCAGAGUCACUGCAGCCUGAUGUCGGCCGGCUCCCGCUCCUGAAGCCCGCUGGCCUCGCUGCUUGUUCCCGCCAUCGAGCUCUCUGCUGAUUCCUCCACAAGUUCAAGGGCCACAAGUUCUCGUCUGAGGUCAUCUGCUGGUCCUCCUCCGGUCUUCAGGGCGAGCAGAGUCCCUUCCUUUUACUUUGAACGCAGCGAUGGGGAACCACGGCUCGAACCUGGACGACAUCCUGGCGGAGGACAUGCACCACUGGUACAACAAGUUCAUGAGAGAGUCUCCAUCGGGCCUCAUCACGCUGUUCGAGCUGAAGGCCAUCCUGGGCCUGAAGGGCAUGAGCGAGAACGCCAACAGCUACGUGGACCAGGUCUUCUUCACCUUCGACAUGGACGGGGACGGGUACAUCGACUUCGUGGAGUACAUCGCAGCCAUCAGUCUGAUGCUGAAAGGAGAAAUCAACCAGAAACUAAAGUGGUACUUCAAACUGUUCGACCAGGACGGCAAUGGAAAGAUCGACAGGGAUGAACUGGAGACCAUCUUCUCGGCCGUCCAGGACAUCACACGGAACAGAGACAUUGACCCCGAGGAGAUUGUCGCGCUCAUAUUUGAGAGGAUCGACGUGAAGGGAGAAGGUGAGUUGACCCUGGAGGAGUUCAUCGAGGGAGCCAAAGACCACGACGACAUCAUGGACAUGCUGAAGAAAAUGAUGGACCUGACGCCGGUGUUAAUCAUCAUCGUGGAGGGCCGGGUGGGAUGAGAGCCGGAGCUGCAUCAGGACAUCAAAGACUAUAUAAAUAAUUAUUUUAUUAAAUUAUAAUAAUAAUCACCCCUCACCCCCGUCAAAAAAAGACUUGCCCCCUCCCCUGACCAUCUUCUUGAAGACACCUGAAGAUCUGUAGUCCGAGUGAGGCAGCGGGGAAACAACGGACGCUGAGACUGCAAAACUUUGCGAUGUGAUUGGCCGUUCAGCCUCUGAACUGCUCCCUUCCCUCCGGGUAUCAGGAGGAGAAACAAACUCAUUUUUGAUAUCUGAGGACUUUUGAUGAUUCUGUUUUCCGAAGGCAACCUUGAUCCAAAAAUGUUCAAACCCACAGAACUUCAAUCAUAUUGAUGGUUCCAGUUUCCAAAGAUCCCACAUAUGUCCCGGGUUGGGUGUUGAACCUCAGCACCUCUUGGUACCUGAAAGUGUCCAGAAGUUGUCACUGAACGCUUUCUCUGAUUGAUAAUCUUCUUACUCUUUGAUCAGAUAGAACCUGACUUCAUUCCAAAUUUUGCCAACGUUAGACUGUAUUUUAUCUCCUUUUUGUGCGUCUGUCGCUGGUUAGACGUUCAAAAUGUCGGGAAUGUUUUGUUCAACAGAUCUCACUUCUGACAGAAAAACAUGUUUAUAUUUUAUCCAAAGUAACAUAGUGAAACUGUUCUAUCAGCAUCAGACACUAGCAUCAUAACCUUUCAUACACAGCUCAGGGCGAGUAAGGCUGGUAGUGAUUAAAUACUCUCACAACAACAAUAAAGUACAUCAAAAAACACUUUUAAUAGUACAUAAACUUUUCAAACUUCUUGCAAAAUAACUAAAAAUAAAAUAAAAAGCCUUUAAGUGUGCAAAUAAGAUCUAUAAUUUAUAAAAUAUAUAUAAAAUAAUUUCAUCCCGA